AUGCGCACAGUUAAUCCUCUUUUCAUUGAGAACUCCGGGGCAUACUACCAGCACACACCAUUUGCGAUUGAAAACUUUAAUCCGCAAUAUCUUGAGCCAUUACCAACUAAGAAACUGCAGGAUCAGCAGACCACGUUCGCGCCGAGUGCCUUGGUUACUUGUGAUCCAAAUCUCGUGGACCUAGAUGACUCUAGAGAUACUUCGUAUGGUUUUGCCAAAGCAUCGUCUAUAUAUGAUAUGACGACUUUGACCGAAUCCCCACCCUUAAGCCCUGGUGGCAUGGCUCAUGUCAAGGGUGAAAAAGUCACUAUAGGGGCUUCUACUGCAAUGGCCGAGAAUAAGGACGAGGUCCCGAUAACGUAUCUCAACAAGGGCCAAGUGUACGCCUUGUCAAUUGUGGACUCGAACCAAGCGGCAAGCACUGAAGUCCUACGAUACCGAACGUUUGUGCAUAUUUCAUUUGACAAGGAACCGCAGCGGGUAAGACCCGAGUACGCUUGGGAAUUGUGGAAAGAUGGACGCGGCUCUAGCGAAGCACACCAGCACGGCGGCAAGCUUCUAGCCUUAGAAUUGGUGAACCUAGAUGCUAAAAACUAUGGAACUGGGAGUAUUCAAGUCGAAAAGUCGUUUUUUGAUGGAUUCUGCAUAACAUGGUCAUCCAACCCGACUAUAGGCACUUCUGGCUGCCAUUUAUCAGUGAGAUUUAACUUCUUGUCCACGGAUUUUACUCACUCGAAAGGUGUUAAAGGAAUUCCUCUCCGUUUAUGUGCGAAAACACAACUUCUACCAUCUGAGAACUUCGGAGUUUUGAGGGAGGCAGAAUUGUGUUAUUGUCAAAUUCAACUCUUUCGAGACCAUGGUGCUGAACGGAAGCUUUCCAACGAUGUUACACGCCUGAGGAAGAGAAUCGAAAAGCUCUCCACGAAAAUGGAAAAACCGCAGAUGACAGGAUCUAAAAAGCGCAAGAGGUCUAAUAUUACCUCAACGAGAGGAAAUAGCUUAAAACAACCCCAGGGCCCUUUUGAUACGUUAUCUUCCGAAGACGAAUUGACUUCUAAAAUGGCUGUGCUAAAGGAUGAAGUCUUUUCGUCCCACUCGAUCAGUGUUUUUGCACUACGAUGUGACGAACAAGAUGAUCCAGAUCUUAGCCCUGUUCGGAUUUUGACCGAAAGUGAUUUAAGAGACAUGGGAAAUCUGACCUUAUAUAAAGAGGAUGAUUUGGGAAAGAAGUCUUCUUCCAUUACAUCGCUAAGUAGCGAAGCAUCAACCAAGUCAGAACGUGCGACUUCGCGUGAGUUGCCUGAGAAAACACACAAAAGAGAGGUUUUAGACAUUGAUCCAAGAUAUCGACCACCAACUGAACGGUCGUUGAAGUCGGUUGCUUGCUUCUAUGUUCAAUUUGCGGACUCAGAUCAAACACAACAGUGCUACCGUGCAUUAUAUCUUACAGCACGCUCGGUCUCCGACUUACUCAUGAAAAUUUCCGAGAAAAGCAAGAUUAAUCCAGCCCUUGUUGUUCGGAUUCUUCAUGCUACUGAAUCCGGUCUCCAAGUCACAGUCGAUGAUAAGGUUAUUCACGGGCUUCCGGAUGGUCAAACUAUGGUUGUUGAAGUAAAGAAAUGCCCAACUGCGACCGACAGCAGUCAAGACAUGGAGCAAUUGGAAAUCAUACUAAAAUAUUAG